CAUGGCGGCACACUGGGAGAAAUAAUCGGCUAACAAUAAACAACCACAAACAUUCGUUUUUUUAAGCACCACUUUUAACAACAUGUUUAAUUGAGUCCAAGUUCCUACCUUACAUAAUCACGGAACCUGUUUAGAAAACAAACAUGUUAAACACGACAAAUUAUCUUUUCAGUUGGUAGAUGUACAAUUGUCUAAAUAGCGUUUCCGUUGUUUUUCCUGUGUGGAUAGGGGAGACAGACGGAGAAGUCAAGUGGAAAUAUCCUACAUCGGACUGUACACCCUAUAAAGCCUACAGAUGGAGUUUAUUAAAGAAGAGAGAGUGGACGUGAGUGAUCAAGAACCCUGCAGAUUGAAACAUGAAGAUACUGAGCAACAAAUAGUGAAGAAAGAAAGUCAUGCACACCUGGGAUAUCAUGAGGACCUGAUGGGAGUGAAAGAGAAAAGUCAAGAACUGACAUUGGAGGAGAAACAUCAGUAUGAGGAACCUCAAUUCAAAACUGAAGAUAAAAAUUAUAGUAGCUCAGAGACUGAAAAUUUCUCACAAAACAGACGCCGAAGAACUGGAGCCCAAGUUUUUUUCACCUGCCUUCAAUGUCAAGAAAGUUUCACAUCUAAAGAACAACUUAUGGGUCACUUUAGAGUUCACUCUGGAGAGAAGCCUUUCCCAUGCGAUCAGUGUGAAAAGAGUUUUAGUCAUAAAGCAAGCCUUAAGAAUCACUUGAGAGUUCACUCUGGAAAGAUGCCUUUCCCAUGUGAUCAGUGUGAAAAGAGUUUCGUUAAAAAAGAAAGCCUAAAGAAUCACAUGAGAGUUCACUCUGGAGAGAAGCCUUUCCCAUGCGAUCAGUGUGGAAUGAGUUUCAGUCUUAAAGCAAGCCUUAAGAAUCACAUGAGAGUUCACUCUGGAGCGAAGCCUUUCCCAUGUGAUCAGUGUGGAAAGAGUUUUAUUCAUAGAACAAGCCUAAAUAAUCACAUGAGCUUUCACUCUGGAAACAGUCCUUACAAGUGUGAUCAGUGUGGGAAGUGUUACUUACAUAAAGACAACCUUAUUAAACACAUAAGAUUUCACACUGAAGAGAAGCCUUUCAAAUGCCUUCAGUGUGGAAAGCAUUUCAUAGAAAAAGGAAGCCUUGAGGUUCACAUGAGAGUUCACUCUGGAGAGAAGCCUUACACAUGCCAUCAGUGUGGAAAGAGUUUCAUUCAACGAGCAAGCCUAAAGUAUCACAUGAGAGUUCACACAGGAGAGAAGCCUUUCCCAUGCAAUCAGUGUGGAAAGUGUUUCAUUCAUAGAGCAAGCCUAAAGUAUCACAUGAGAGUUCACUCUGGAAACAGGCCUUACAAAUGUCAUCUUUGUGGAAAGAGUUACUUACAUAAAGACAAUCUUAAUGAUCACAUCAGAAUUCACAAUGGAGAGAAACCUUUCACAUGCCAUCAGUGUGAUAAGAGUUUCAUUCAUAAGGCAAGCCUUCAAAAUCACAUGAGAGUUCACUCUGGAGGGAAACCUUUCCCUUUAUUUUAAUUCCU